GCCCACCCCGCUCCGGCCGCCGCUUCCUCCCGGGUCCGCACGCCAGCCGCCGCGCCUUAUCGCGCACCAUGGCCGCGCUGCUGGCACUGCUGAUCCCAGCGGGCAGGAUGGGUGCCCGUGUCCGGCUUCGUGCCACCCGGCUCCUGGGCGCCGCCACCCCCUGCCCCCAGCCACCCCUGGCCUUGGCCCUGUUACGGCCUGGGCCAGACGCCCGGCUGCUGCGCACCGCUGGUGGCAACUGCCGCGGCCACCAGGACCCCAGCAGAGCCACGGAGACAGCAGGCAGCAACACCAGUGGCACAGAGGGGAAGCAAAGCAAGUCACAGCAACUGAAAAAGGUCCUUCAAGAAUACGGUGCUGUCGGCAUGUCACUGCACAUUGGGAUCUCGCUUGUCUCCUUGGGGGUAUUUUACACGGUGGUCUCCAGUGGUGUAGACAUGGCUGCCAUCCUGCCCAAACUCGGAUUUAAAGAGUCACCGGUACUGUCCAGCGUGGCAGCCGGCACCAGCACGUUUGUGGUGGCCUAUGCAAUCCACAAGCUGUUUGCACCAGUGAGGAUCAGCAUCACCUUAGUCUCUGUGCCCUUCAUUGUCAGAUACGUUCGGAAAGUAGGACUUUUUAAAUCUCCAGGUACAAAACCUUGAGGGGCACCUUGGUCAUCAGCACUGAAACCUUUCUUUUAAUUACACAAUUUGGAUUGGUUUUUAGGGUUGCAGGUUUUUGGGGGUGGAGGGAAAAAACUUGUUGCUGUGUUCUCAUGCGUUAAUUUUACCUUUGCCAGCAAAAAGCAGGUUUUUUAAUAACUGUAAUUUUUUGCUUUAGUUUGUUAAUGCUGUUCAUCAGAGGGCCCUGAACAUGUGUCAGCAAGACAUCACACAUGAACUAGCAUCUCAACAUCAAACACCUACAGAACAUUCCCUCUAGAAAACCACUGACUGGUGAGGGCGUACCUGCAGAAACCUCAGGGGGCUCAUCUUUGCUCGAGUUCUUAAAAAGCAAGGAAUUAUUUAGCUGGUUUUAAAAAUUUCCCUACUUGCCAUCAGCAGCCUGCAGUUUAACCUGCAGCAUUCUGCAAAAUAGCUGCCUGUGCUGCACAGUUAACAAAGCAGAACUUGGCGGCGUGUCCCCACAGUCAGCACCAGCCCCUUGACACACAUUACUCGUUUAGUGAAAAGAAAGCAUUUCUGCUCUGCUCCACUGGUCAAAUCUGGACAUGAUGGGACCCAUCUCCAGUGGUUUUUCUGAAAUUUCCUUAUAGUAGGUCAGGGUCAUAUCUCUGUUCAGGUAAAACAUGGAAACCUUGCUCAAGAUCACUUGGUUUCCAAUGCCUACAUUCAGAGGAAUUUGGCACAUAUGAAAAGCUAAGACAAUCUUUGCUUAACUCUAUCUCAAACUUCAGACAUUCCAGAAUAGUCACAAUGUUUACACUGAGUAAUUACUUUUUUGAGCUAAAAUUAUAUAUAUGAAAAACUUGGACCACUUCCUUAAAAAACUGGUAGCAGCUAGCCAGGUAUAGUGGUGCACAUCUGUAAUCCCAGUGACUCAGGAGGCUGAGGUGGGAGGAUCUCAAGUUCAAGGCCAGCUUCAACUUAGCAAGACCCUCAGCAACCUAAUUAGUGAAAUCCUGUCGCAAAAAUAAAAAGCUCUAGGGAUGUAGCUCAAGGGUAAAGCACCCCUGGGUUCAAACCCCAGUUCCAAAACAAAAACAAAACCUAGUAGUACUUUUAACAAACCAGGGAGAGUGGUAUUGGCAGGUUUAACUAGUCCACCAGGACAGUUUCAUCCAGCCAAGGGCGAGUGUCAGGAAGAUUAGAACAGAAAUAGAAACGGCAGAGACCACACUGAGGCUUCCCCCUCCUGUGGGACUCAGCAUCGUUUUUCCUGAGCUGUGCUGAUACAGGGCACUUGCUCCCCAUUCUGGGAACCCAGUUUUAACAGUUACCCUGCUGCAUGGUUGAAGUUGCGUAUAUCUUUCUGACUACCAUUCCUUUUUUAAAAACUAAAGGAACUGUUAAGUGACUAUUGGUUUUACUGAGUCUGGCUGUUGACAGUUUCCUAGUUAACCCAUAGUUGCCCCUGUCAAUCAGUAUCUGUUAACAUUUAAAAGAGUUUGUGGGACAGAGAUCCAUUUGCAAUAUCACUAUAGUAGAACUAUAUAUUUUUCUCCCCUUUUAAAGUUGUUAGUUCACUUCCAGGAGCACUUACUGAUUUAAAACUUGAACCGCCUUUCUGAAUCUUAAUUCCAAGGACCUCUCCACAGCAAGCAAUAUGCCCAACACCAGUACUAAUUUCUCUUAGGACCUAGACAGCCGUUAGACAGUGAUUUGUUAGCUUUGGGCUCCUAACCCCACAUGCGCCAGUCUCCCAGACACCUAGCAAUGCCUAUGCAAAAAGCUGGCCUUGCCAGUCGCAGCGAUGCUGUCAUCCCUGCUAACUUGGGAGGGUGAGGCAGAGAAGUGCAAGUUCAAGGCCAGCCUUGACAACUUAGCAGAGACCUUGUCUCAAAAUUUUAAAAAAGGGCUGGGUGUGCAGCUCAAAGGUAGAGCACCCCUGGGUUCAAUCCCCAGUACUGAGAAAAAAACAAAAAACUAGUCAGGAGCCCCUCAGGAUUAAGGGUUUAAAUUCUCAAACUGUGUGCCAGUAAUGGAAUUGGAAAAAACAAGCAAUAAAAUGAAUCAUACCAAAUAGCCAUAUUACUUUCUAACCCCCAAUCCCAUUUACACCUAUGGCCAAGACAGAAGAAAAAAAAAAAAGAGGUCAAAGGAUCAGGGAAA